GCCCGCCGCUGCGGCAGGGACCUCCCCUUUAACGGCGGCAACUCCGCGCUCCGCUGACCCCAAGGCGGCUGCCGCUGCUAACAGCGGCUCCUGCUGCCUCAGCCGCCGGCCUCGGGCAGCUGCAUCCAAACCCGGGCUGGGUCCCCGCCCCGCCAUGGUGUCCUGGAUCAUCUCUCGCCUGGUGGUGCUCAUCUUUGGCACCCUGUACCCAGCCUAUUCUUCCUACAAGGCCGUGAAGACCAAAAACGUGAAGGAAUACGUAAAAUGGAUGAUGUACUGGAUAGUGUUCGCCUUCUUCACCACAGCUGAGACACUUACGGAUAUAAUACUGUCCUGGUUCCCCUUCUACUUUGAGCUCAAGAUUGCCUUUGUGAUAUGGCUGUUGUCCCCUUACACCAAGGGCUCCAGUGUUCUCUACCGCAAGUUCGUGCAUCCAACACUGUCCAACAAGGAAAAGGAGAUCGAUGAAUACAUCACACAAGCCCGAGACAAGAGCUAUGAGACGAUGAUGAGAGUGGGCAAGAGGGGCCUGAACCUGGCUGCCAAUGCUGCAGUCACAGCUGCUGCCAAGGGCCAGGGGGUGCUGUCGGAAAAGCUCCGGAGUUUCAGCAUGCAGGACCUGACUCUCAUUCGAGAUGAGGAUGCGUUACCGCUGCAGGGGCCGGAUGGCCGCCUCCAACCUGGCCCUGUGGGUCUCCUGGACACUAUCGAGGACUUAGGAGAUGAGCCUGCCCUGAGUCUAAGGUCUAGCACAAGCCAGCCAGAUCCCCGGACAGAGACCUCUGAAGAUGACCUGGGAGACAAGGUACCCAAGAGGACCAAACCUAUAAAAAAAGUACCCAAAACUGAGCCACCGGCUUCCAAGACACUGAAGACCAGGCCCAAGAAGAAGAGUUCCGGAGGGGGUGACUCAGCAUGAGAGGCUCGGCUCCCCGUACCCCUCCAUCUGUAGGACAAUAGCAAGCAAGAGCUGCAGCCCUGGCCCCUCCAGCAGUGGGCCACCGACCCCAAGUGUUUCAGACCCACAACCCCCCUAGAUGGCUGUCCCCCGCACCCCCUUCCCAUGAACGCGCCUCCGGAGGUGUGGAGGCUCUGUGGCCGGCCAGCGCUGCUCUUUUUGCUGCUCCAGUCCCACCCUGCCCGUCCAGUGCCUUGCUGACCGUGGCCGUCCCCUCUCGGAGGCCUGACCUGCUCUCCCCCACCCCCAGGGAGGGGGCCUUGAGAAUGGGGAAGAAAUGGGGCAGGCCUGGGAGGAGGGUGUUCCUUGGGCGCAGCUAUGUGUGGAGACAAGGGCUUUGACUAAGCAGCAGGCCAGGCCAGAACUGCAGCUGGUAGGGCUGUGUAUUCUACCAAAAGAAGAGGUGAGAUGCUAAGGGUGUGCGUGCUAGGGAGGUUGGGCGAGAGGGGCCACCUCCUCCCUACAUCAGCCCUGGUCUUUCUUCCUCUUUAUCCACCCCUGCUGGUCUCUGAACCUCAGGACUCCAGCCCUUGACAGAAUGAGGCUCCGAGGGACCCCUUCCACCCUUGAUCCCUUUUACACAUUCAUGCCUGGAGGCUGGACUCCUCUGCUCCUAGGCUCCACCACAGAGGGCCUGCCAAGCUGGCUCCUUUCCUCUCCUGUAAAGGGGGACACAUCCCACCUUGCCAUGGGGUCCCCUUCCUGUGCCAAGCAAAUCCCGGUUAGAACCAACCUGGACCCCACCCCUGGCCCUGGUUCUGCCAGCCUCAUUGGGGCCAAGUGGAACCUGUGCAGGGAAGCAGAUGCUGGAGCUAAGAGGUUCCCAAUUCCACGGUGCCCACACUGGACCUUGGCACUGGAUGAGCCAAUAAACGAAACUCUGAUGCCUC